UCCGGCUGAGGACAUGGCGGCGUCGAUGCUGUUGCUGAUGGCGACGAUGGCGGCAGCGGGUUGGGGGCGCGCGGCGGGUGACUGCAACAAGCCUCCAGCCUUGGAAAAUGGCAUGCUAGAGGAUAAAUAUAUUUCAACGUCUACGUUUAAAAGUGGAAUCACGGUGCGUUACCGCUGUGUGCCAGGUUAUGUUAUGGCCUCAGGAAGCAGUUUUUCCAUUACUUGUAAAGGCACCGUAUGGGGACCACUUCAGGCCAGGUGUCAGAGUAAGUAUGUGAUACUUCCCUAUCCUUACAGCCCCAUCACCUCCAGCAAGGAGUAGGAAGGAACU